AUUCGAAGCGCUGACCAAAACAAUCCAGUGCGAUCACCGCAUGUGCCAAACCGACGUUCGUCCUGUCGGAAAUGCGCCCACGCCUGUCGAGAUACGGCGCCGUAAGCAAAAGGCCAAGCAAACAGGGCUUGCCUGUUGCUUCUGUGUUCCUGCCGCGUUCGAUGAUCGAAUCCAUCACGAGGCCCCACCGUUCACCUUCCUUCAACCACUGCGUAGUCAACUUUGCGAGUGGAGGUCCUGUUAUCUCUCUGUGCAUAUCCUCUCUACGACAUCCGGCACUUUGAAAUCGAGUGUAUCCUAUCGUGAGGCCACCGCGCAAUGGCGCAUUAGGUAUGUGUGUCAGUCGGGCAUGUACUCGGAACUUUCGUCGGUGUCUUGGACUGUGGGAAAUUUACUUGGGAAAACCGGGCUCAUAGAUUUGUUGAAACCCUCAGUGGUAUUCUCCUCGGACCCAACACCUCAUAUCAUAGAAGCCACGAAACGGCGCAGUUUUGUAAUAUCUUCCGCAGCUAUGGUUCUAACACUCGCGAGUACUCGCAGCUCGCCCAGUCCUGUGGACUCGAGAGCGGCAAAGUAUGAAAAGGCAGAGACAUCAGUAAAAUACAGGACUUGGACCGCAACUUCGUCGCCGGCGAGAAGUUCACUUAUGCGGCCGACUGCCUCCUCGGCGGCUAAAGUCACCGUUAAGGUGCCCACGACUCCGAAAUCUGUCAGUUUCGCCACAUCGCCUCGGACGCCUAGCCCCGCAGGCGCAGCCCAGAUGUCCAGGGAAAGGAAGACGCUAGUCAAGAAGCCGUCCUUCGUACUGCCGGCGAAAGUCCACCUCCCCCAGCCACCCAUUCCGCUGAUGAGCCAAUUCGCCGUGCCAAAGAAACCAUUGGGCCCUCGAUUAUCGAUCGCCGCCGCCGCUGCCGCACCACUUGCGCAAUAUUCCCCGCCUAAGACCGCGGGAUCGUCCUAUGAUAUUACCACCAGCCCCAAAAUCACCACUGGCGGCCCUAAACAUUCCGCCGCGAGACUACCUCGAUCACCACCAAAGCAACCGGUCGUCAAAGUAUCUCGCUAUCCAGUCCCAUCCCCACCCUCUUCGCCGCCUAGCGCAGUCAAAAGGGUAUCAGCUUCAGCCCCCUCAUCCCCUAACACAGGCAUGCGAAGGCCUUCCAUAUCAGAGAUGCGAGUCAUCCCUGAACCACCCGCCAAAUGCGUCCGCUCCCUUUCAUCCACCUCAUCCCACGAACUCAGCAAAACAUCCCGCUCCUCGUCGAUCAGCACGGCAGUAACGUCGCCAGCAGCCGCCCGGAAUGACAUGUCGCCAACACCCAGGCCGAUCACCGACUACGCACGUUACCUGCACCAGACCAUCGAACGCGGCGAAUCCAUCUUGGAAAACAACGAGAUUGAAUUGCUAGCGCUCGAGCGGAACCAGUACCGCGACUCGUUCCGCCGCGCCGAUUGCGAGAGGAACGUGUUGCUCGAGUACAUCAUGGCCGAGCAGAACCCGAAUCAGAAGGAGAGGCGGAACAACAGCAAGAACGCCGUCUCCGAAAAGGCGUUGGCCGAUCUGCGUAAAGAACUCGCGGAGUCAAACAGCACCAUCUCGAUGCUCUCGCAAAAAGUCACCGAGCUGGGCGUGCAGGCGCGAAAGGACGCUACCACCAUCGCCUCGCUUCGCAAUGACUUGACCACCAUCCGUUACGCUGAAUGGGACUCUGGCGUUGAGCUGGAACAACAUGCCACCGUCCAGUUGAAGCGGCGCGGAUCGAGGUCUCCGUCAAUGGCGAGGAAAGCGUCUGCGUCGGACGAUGGGCCGGUACAGGUCACCGUCAGUCGGGGAAACAGCCCUUUGCUGUCGCGUAAGCUGACUCCCGAACCUGCGACGGAGAAGCCUCAGCCGAAACCUCAGGCUGAAAUCAUCGUGAAGGAAGAGAAGAAUGACGAUUGGGUCAGCUGCUGGGAUUCCUCGGCUGCGUUUGCCCAUCCUUUCAUGUAGUCCUUGGAAACUGUUACAUACACAGGGUGAGAAGACGGUCACAGUGUCGAA